UGGUAGAUAUUAAGAUACCGCCAAAAUAUAUUGUUACUGACCAAUAAGAUAUCGUUCUUACAAUAAACAAAGCGCAAUAUCCGUUCAAAAUGGCCGACCAAACUGUGCCUAUUUCUGUUCCAUCAGAAAAGCCUGUGAAACUCACAAAAUGGAAAGUGAAAGAAGGUGCAUUCGUAUCACAAGGCCAAAUAUUAUUUUUAUACAAUGAUUCGUCAGGCCAAAGUAGUGAAACAAAGAAAUACAAAGCUGUUCGCGCUGGUACGAUAUCGUGCAUCAAGGUAAAGGAAGGCGACAUUGCAGAGCCGGGGACACCUAUAGCAGAAUUAGAAGAAUGUCGGCACCCGACAGUGAUGAAGGAGAUGUGUGCGGAGUGCGGCGCCGACCUACGGACCGAUGAGGCCCCGAAGAGGGAUGUGGCCGUCGUGCCCAUGGUGCAUUCCGUACCUGAGCUUAAGGUUUCCGAGGAGCUGGCUCAAAAGUUAGGCCGGGAGGAUGCGGAACGCCUUCUUAAAGAUCGCAAGCUGGUGCUGCUAGUAGACUUGGAUCAGACAUUAGUGCAUACAACUAAUGAUAAUAUUCCACCUAAUUUGAAGGAUGUACUGCAUUUCUUCCUGCGAGGUCCAGGCAGCCCAGGGCGCUGGUGCCACACCAGACUCAGGCCCCGGACCCAGGAGUUCCUUGAAUCAGCAUCUAAACACUAUGAGCUGCAUGUCUGUACAUUUGGCGCCCGGCAGUAUGCUCAUGCUAUAGCUGACUUGUUGGAUCCAGAAAAGAAGUACUUUUCUCAUAGGAUAUUGUCAAGAGAUGAGUGUUUUGAUCCUAGAACAAAAUCUGCAAAUUUAAAGGCAUUAUUUCCUUGUGGAGACAACAUGGUCUGCAUCAUAGAUGAUAGAGAGGAUGUGUGGCGGCACGCCUCUAACUUGAUUCAUGUGAGGCCAUACUCAUUCUUUCAGUCCACGGGAGACAUCAAUGCGCCACCUCAAGCACUUGAUGAGAAAGCAAAGCUUAUCAGUGGUAAAAACGGUUCCCAAGUAUCCCCUGGCAAUCAAAUGCCCACAUUAGAUCCCGAACCAGAACAAAAGAAGGACAAAGAAAGCAAUAGUGAUAAGAAAGAGAAGGAAGAAGCAGCCGAGAAGGAUGGCGAUAAUGGGAAGAUUGUUAAUGAUAAAGAGAAGGAAGAAAAAUCAGAAGCAAAAGAAGAUGAAGAUGUAGCCAAUGAGGCGCAGGAGCCUAAAUGGGUAGAGACAGCUGACGGGCAAAUAGAAGUUGAGGAUCCUGAUGACUAUUUAAUAUAUUUGGAUGAUAUUCUGUUGAGAAUACACAAGUCUUUCUACGAACUUUACGACAAAAUGGAUGGUAAACAAAUACCAGACUUGAAGACCGUCAUACCAGAAGUGAAGAGCAAAGUUCUUGAAGGGGCGACCUUAGUUUUCAGCGGGCUGGUGCCCACGCACCAGAGAUUAGAAACUUCUAGGGCGUAUUUAGUAGCAAGGAGUCUAGGAGCCGAAGUGACGCAAGAUUUCACUGAGAAAACAACUCAUUUAGUGGCUGUGCGGUCAGGAACUGCAAAAGUGCACGCAAGUAGGCGUAUGGGCGAAGGAAAGAACAAACUACACGUUGUGACACCAGAAUGGCUGUGGGCAUGCGCGGAGAGAUGGGAGCGGGUCGACGAAAGAUUAUACCCCCUACAAAGGGGCGGACAGAGCAGCGCGCGGCGGCCGCCGGCGCACUGCAGCUCGCCGCCGCCCGCGCCGGCGCCGGUCGCGGCCGCGCGCAAGCGCACCGCCUCCGGCCGCUUCGCCGACACCAUCAACCCGCUGCUCUCCUUCUCCAGUGACGACAUCGCCGACAUGGACCGGGAGGUUGAGGACAUCUUCAAUGAAUCUGAUGAGAGUUCGUCGGACGACGAAGCGACCGGUGCGAAGGAUGACGAUUUGGAUGAUGAAGAGAAUCCACCAGAAGACCGGCUGAUCACACUAGAAAAUGAAGACAGUAGACUAGACGACACGCGGGAUGGUGAAAACUCCAGUGAAUCAGACACAGAUGGUGAGACCCGCCGCAAGAGGCCGCGCCGGUCGCCGCCGUCAGACUCCGAGCCGCCUGACGACGCCGAUGACGACAGCUCUUGGAACCUCAUGGGUGCGGCGCUCGAGAGAGAGUUCUUGGCUGAAUGAUGCUGGUUUACUUUGAACAAUUGCGGGCUGAAUAAAUUAAUUUUUGAGUUA